AUGGACUCGCCUGUCGUCUCGCGCCUCUUCCGCCAGCUGUUCCGGCACCUGGACUGCCGGCCACGACGCAACUUUGCCUUUCUUGCGUCGUCGCUGCAGCUGGCCCGCCGCCACCAGCUGCACCACCAACAGCACCGGCCAUAUGCAUCAGCGCCCCGGCGGGACCGCUCCAACGAGAGCGACUGGCAGCAGCGCACCGACCUCUUUCCCGCCGACAUGUCGGUCGAGUAUGCCGAGUAUCCGAUGGUGACGGCCCAGGACCUGCGGCUGCGUCGCGAACGGCCGCGUCGGGUCAAGAUGCUGAUGCGAGACUUUAUUGAGGACAGCCUCUACAACCCUCACUACGGCUACUUCUCCAAGCAGGUCGUCAUCUUCACGCCCGGUGAGCCCUUCCGCUUCACCGAGAUGCGCGACGAGCCCGAGUUCAGCGCCAUUCUCAGCCAGCGCUACAGCGAUUUUGAGGACGGCCUCGAUGCCGCUGCUGUCGCCCAGGGCGGCGAGCCGUCCGAGACCCGCCAGCUGUGGUACACGCCCACCGAGCUGUUCCGCCCGCACUACGGCGAGGCUGUGGCCCGCUACCUGGUGGCCAACUACAUGCUGACCAGCUUUCCUUACGACGAUCUGAUCAUCUACGAGAUGGGCGCUGGCCGCGGCACUAUGAUGCUCAACAUCCUCGACUAUCUGCGCGUCCACGAGCCGGCCGUCUAUGCCCGCACCCGCUACCGCAUCAUCGAGAUCUCCUCGUCGUUGGCGUCGUUGCAGCGCCGUGAACUGCACGGCUCGCCAGCCACCUCGCCAGCCGCCACGGCUGCUGCAGAUCGAGGCCACGGCGAUCGCGUCGAGAUCAUCAACCAGUCUGUCUUCGACUGGACCACGCCUGAGCCGUCGCCCUGCUUUUUCCUCGCCUUCGAGGUCUUUGACAACUUCGCCCACGACUGCGUCCGCUACGACCUCGCGUCACAGCAACCUCUGCAGGCCGUCGUCCUCGUCGCCGCCGACGGUGAUCUCUACGAGUUCUACCAGCCUCAGCUCGAUCCUGUCGCCGCCCGUUUUCUCCGCGUUCGCAACGCCGCCACUGCCGGCCACUAUCCCCUGCCCUUCUCGCGCAAUCCCCUCGUUCGCGCCCUCCGUCGUGGCCUCUUCAGCACUGGCCCUGCUCAUACCCCCUCCCUCAGCCGCCCAGAAUACCUCCCAACUCGUCUGCUCGACUUCUUUGCCGUCCUCGCCCGCUUCUUUCCCGCCCAUCGCCUCCUCACCAGCGACUUCCACGCUCUCCCUGACGCCAUCACCGGCCUCAACGCUCCCGUCGUCCAGACUCGCUUCCAGCGCCGCCCUGUCCCCGUCUCUACCCCCCUCGUCCACCAGGGCUACUUCGACAUCAUGUUCCCUACUGACUUCACCGUCGUCGAGGCCCUCUACCGUGCCGUCACCGGAAAACACUCCCGCGUCGCCACCCACGAGCACUUUAUGCGCAACUGGGCCUCCCUGGACCAGACUCGCACCCGCAGCGGCGAGAGUCCCUUGCUGUCCUGGUACAAGAACGCUAGCAUGCUGGCUACUAUAUAG